AAUGGACGACGACUUUUUAUUGGUGUUUGUCAUCGUGGCGGUUUGUGUUGCACUUGCCGCUAUAGUGGCCAUAGUUAUACUAUUGUUAGGAUCUUCACACGCAAGUGAUAUACGGUCUUCAAAACGAGAAAAACCCGCAACAUGUCUCAUCAUCGCUGGCUCUGGAGGCCACACCACUGAAAUUCUUCGCUUAAUGGCUGGUCUGAGCCACCUGUACAAACCAAGGCAUUUUGUCAUCGCCAAUACAGAUAAAAUGAGUGAAGAGAAAAUCCAUACCUUCCAGCAAACACAGGAUGCCAGCAUUGAGUAUCAUAUCCACAAAGUACCCAGAAGUCGUGAGGUCAGUCAGUCCUGGAUUACCUCCCUUCUAUCCACCCUUUAUGCCUUGACUCACUCCAUUCCGCUUGUGCUCAAGUUGAAGCCCGAUUUGGUGCUGUGUAAUGGCCCAGGGACCUGUGUGCCUCUAGUUAUCACUGCAGCCUUUCUCAGGAUGUUACACAUUCAUCUUGUGAAGAUCAUAUACGUGGAGAGCAUCUGUCGAGUGCAAACCCUCUCCCUCUCAGCAAAACUCGUCUAUUUUUUCUGUGAUCAUCUCCUUGUGCAGUGGCCUCAGUUACAGAAGAGGUACCCAGGCACAGAAUAUAUCGGCCGAUUAGUCUGAUGAAAGAAAACGUCUCACAUUGUCGUCCAAAU